GAAACCAUUUUUCCGUUAACAGAAGCGUAACUAACGGCGUGGGCUGACUUCGGAAAGAAACCCUAACGUUAGGAGCCACGGGUAACGUCGUCGCCAAUCGUCGCCGCGGCCGGAGAUCGGCGACGGCCACAAAACCCGCCGUCGCUGCCACCUCGGUUUCAGCCUCUUCGACGAAGGAUAAGUCUUUCGAUUCCACGAUGCCUAUGGUCCGUCUCUCCGGCGAUCAGCUACGCCGCUGCUCUGAAGCUCUCGAGUGCUUUAAAUCUCAGAAAGUCAACUCUCCGCAAACAAUCCACCAAGAAUUCCAAACGUUGCAGGCAAAUAGGAUGGGAGCUUUGAACAUGAGGAAUAGAUGUGCUGUGGCUCUUAGCAGCUUUAAUUACUCUAAGAACCGUUACACUGAUGUCUUGCCAUUUGACGAAAACAGGGUUAUCUUGAAUCAGUCUUCUGAUUACAGACCUUCAGCUAAGGGAUAUAUUAACGCAAGCUUUGUAAAGAAUUCUGAAAAUGUUUCUGGGUUUAUUGCGACUCAAGGUCCACUUACACACACUUCUGAGGACUUUUGGGAAAUGAUAAUCCAGUAUCGCUGCCCUGUCAUUAUCAUGCUCACUCGGUUGAUUGACAAUUACCAUACAGAGAAGUGUGUAGAUUAUUUCCAAGCGGAAGAUGGACCAAGAGAGUUUGGUAAUAUAUGCAUUGCCACCAAGUGGAUUCAGACAACAGACAAUUCUUUAGUACUGCGAUGCUUAGAAGUGAAUUACAAAGAGUCAGAGGAGCUACCUUUGUCUGUUUUGCACAUUCAGUAUCCUGAAUGGCCUGAUCAUGGGGUGCCAAAAGACACUCGUGCUGUUCGUGAAAUCUUCAAAAGAAUAUCACAUGUCCCACGUAGUCUUGGGCCAAUUGUUGUUCACUGCAGUGCAGGUAUUGGUAGAACUGGAACAUAUUGUGUCAUCCACAAUACAAUCCAAAGAGUUCUUACUGGAGACAUGACUGCUUUGGACCUCGUUAAUACAGUUUCCACUUUUAGGUCACAGCGAAUCGGAAUGGUUCAAACACUGGAGCAGUAUAUUUUCUGCUAUGAUGCAAUUGUUGAUGAGCUUGAAAAUCUCAUAUCAGAUAGUAACAAUCAAGGAAAUUUGUAAUGAUUCUCACUGUUCAUUGAGCAAUUCAUUCUAAUUCUUGGUUUGUAGGCCUUGGUCGAUUACUGUGUGAUUAUUAGUACAUAAUAAUGGAGUCUAUUUGAAUCUUA